ACACGUGUCGUGGGUGGCACAGGUGCCCUGCCAGGGGCCUGGCCCUGGAUCGUCAGCAUCCAGCACCCCUGGGUACGAGGCCUGAAGCAUCUGUGUGGAGGGUCCCUCAUCAGCAAACAGUGGGUCCUCACAGCAGCCCACUGCUUCGACAAGGUCACGGAAAUCAGCAUGGUGUAUGUGGUGACUGGGGUCUCUCAGUUGAGUCAACCAGGCCCUGGGACACAAGUGCGCCAUGUCAAGCAGGUGCUGAUUCACCAAUACUACAACCCUGAUGACAUGAGCUACGAUAUUGCCCUGGUGGAACUGGACCAUCCAGUCCAGUGCAAUCGCUACAUCCAGCUGGCCUGUGUACCCGACGCCACACUGAGAGUGUCAGAGCUGCAGAACUGCUGGGUGGCUGGCUGGGGUUCCACUGCUCCAAGAGCUCAAAAAUCAAGUGAUCACUUGCAAGAGGCCAAGGUCCAGCUCAUCGAUGUCCAGCUCUGCAACAGCAGCCGCUGGUACGCCCCAGUGCUGGCAGGUGCCACCAACACCAUCUUAAUCCUCUGUGCUCUGCUGCAGGGUGACAGCGGUGGUCCUCUCAUGUGCCAAGAGAAAAACAGUGACUACUGGUGGGUCAUUGGAAUAACCAGCUGGGGAAAAGGCUGUGCCAGAGCAAGGCGUCCUGGAAUCUACCUCUCCAUUCAGUACUUCUAUGACUGGAUCCUACUCUACAUGAACCUGAGCCCAGAUGGAAGUUCCUCUCCAUCAUCUCGGGCAUGUAGUCAUUUUUUUAUCACUUCACAUCCCUGGAGUCAUUAUAUUCCCACCCCACAAUCCUCUCAGAAGCCAUGGGUAAGACCAACCCUCUCUCCAAAACCAACUCCAGUACGAACAUUGGGCAAAGUUAACUGCUGCCCAUUUCCCUUCAAGAUUCUGAUGGAAUUCUUUACUCAAGUGAAGGAACUCCUCCAGCAGACCUUUGGUCAAAACACAUCUUGA